AGUGAGGCGGUGAAGCAGGCAGGGAGGCGGAGAGCACUGAGCCCGGGGCCGGCCGGGCUGAGGGACGGAGGGGCAGGGACCCAGGCGCCCCUCCUCGGAGCCCGGAGCAUCCCUGGGCCGGCAGCGGGGCUCCGGGCCGGGCUGGAUUCCGAGAGGGGCUCCCUGCCCCUCUCUGCCCCCUUUCCGUGCCCUCGCUCCGCGUCCGCUCUCCACUCCGCGCCCUCGCUCCGCGCCCUGCCCCGUGCGCUCCGGACAGACUGACCGAUAAGUGGACGAGGAGUGGCACGAUGCCCGGGAGCCUGGCGGGACUCGGGCUGGGGCUGGCGCUCGCCUUAGCCCUGCUGCUGCUGCUGCUGCUGCGCGGAGCCUGCUCCCGGUCCGGGGAGCCUCUGGACGCCGCAGGACAGUGCCGGCCGCCUGGAUCGCAGGGAGACCUGAACUCCUUUCUCUGGACCAUUCAUCGGGACCCUCCGGCCUACUUGUUUGGAACCAUCCACGUUCCCUACACACGGGUCUGGGACUUCAUCCCGGACAAUUCAAAGGCAGCCUUCGAGGCCAGCGCCCGCGUCUACUUUGAGCUCGACCUCACGGAUCCCUACACCAUCUCGGCCCUGGCCAGCUGCCAGCUGCUGCCCCAUGGCGAGAACCUCCAGGACGUGCUGCCCCGCGAGCUCUACCGGCGCCUCAAGCGCCAUCUGGACUACGUGAAGCUCAUGAUGCCCACCUGGAUGACGCCGGACCAGAGGGGAAAAGGCCUCUACGCCGACUACCUGUUCAACGCCAUCGCCGGCAACUGGGAACGCAAGCGUCCGGUCUGGGUGAUGCUCAUGGUGAACUCGCUCACGGAGACCGACGUGCGCUCUCGGGGAGUCCCCGUGCUGGACCUCUAUCUGGCUCAGGAGGCCGAGCGCAUGAAGAAGCGGACGGGAGCCGUGGAGAGGGUCGAAGAGCAGUGCCAUCCGCUCAAUGGGCUCAACUUCUCUCAGGUGCUGUUUGCGCUGAAUCAGACCCUGCUCCAGCACGAGAGCCUCAGGGCCGGCAGCCUGCAGGCCCCCUACACCACCGAAGACCUCAUCAAGCAUUACAAUUGCGGAGACCUCAACGCCGUCAUCUUCAACCAUGACACGUCCCAGCUCCCCAACUUCAUCAACACCACGCUCCCGCCCCACGAGCAGGCCACGGCCCAGGAGAUUGACAGCUACUUCCGGCAGGAGCUCAUCUACAAGCGCAACGAGAGGAUGGGCCGCAGGGUCAUGGCGCUGCUGCGCGAGAAUGGCGACAAGAGCUUCUUCUUCGCCUUCGGUGCAGGUCAUUUCCUGGGGAACAACACUGUGAUUGACGUCUUGCGCCAGGCUGGGUUCGAGGUGGAGCAUACCCCGCCAGGGAAGGCCGUGCACAGCUCCAGCCCCCGGAGUUCCCAGCCCCCUUCUCCGGAGCCCGUCGUGACCAUGGCCCCCACAGUGCCUCCGAUGGAGCACAGCCCAUCCUCCUCCCCGGCCUCCACGUCCCCUGGGCCAGGGGACGAAGAGGAGGAAGACGACGACCUCCUGUCCCCCCACCUUCUGCUCUCCGACAGCCUGAGCCAGCUGGAGGAAUUUGGGCGACAGAAGAAAUGGCGGCGGAAGCAUCACAAGCAGCACCGACCGCGGCAGUUCAACGACCUGUGGGUCCGGAUUGAGGACAGUACGACGACAGCGCCUUCCCCAUCCCGGGCCACCAGCGCCUACGACACCGCCAAGCCUCCCACCAGGUUUGCCAAACAGCUGGAACAUCGGCCGCCACCGGCCCCGCCGGAACCCCCGGGACCCUCUGGAAGCUCAGCCGCAGUCGCUUCUCCAUUGACUUCCUUCCUUCUCUUCACAACGGGCACCGUCCUCCUGCAAAUGGUGGGGCCAUCCUGACUUCCAUCGACCCCAGGUGUAAGAGCUGGAGUAGAGACUGUGGUAAAUGAUGAAUUGAUUCUGAGGGUGUGGCUGUCCUCCCUGGCCCCUGGAAAGCUCCUGGGGAUGUCCCCCAGUCUCCUGGGAGGAUUCUGGCCCCCUGGGGAGGGCUCGACACAUUUCUGGGAAACACUUUCUCAUGAUACUGACUUACAUCUUCUUUUUUGUAGAAGGAUCUUAAUUUCCCCUAGUACUAUGGGGCUUGUUUUGUAAUAUAUUUGUCCAUGUUUUAAAAAGAAGCAUAUUUAUUCUAUGAUAAACUUAUUUUUAUGAUGUAUAUGUUAAUAAUACACUUAUUAAACUGUAUUGCCGGCCACCUAGCUAACUGAAUAUUUCCUAUCUGUGACUUUAGUGCCUUCCUCCCUAAGGGUCUGGAGCGAGCUUUAGAUUGGGGGAGGGGAGUCACUGUUUGUAUUUUGCCUCCCCCAGGAACUAGAGGCUUGCAGUGGCUCCCCAUACUUUAGGAGAAUUGGGAUGACAGACUUUCGCAUGACGCACGUUCUGGGAGGAAGAAUAUCUGUAAUGGGAGCCUCUCAACUCCGACCCUGGACAGUAGCUGCCCCUCCUGGGGCCUCUAGUUUGGCGGAGUAGGUGAGGGUGCUUUGUCCCAUUACUGGGAGGAUUUUUGCUCAUGCAUAUGCUGCUAUUGUGAAAGCCCCCAGAAGUCACUGAAUUCACCUGGAACCCUCGGGCACGUGAUUUGACCAAAGCAUAUAGAGAGUAGUGUUCCUUCAUGUGGCAGUGAGGCAAUGAGCCGGUCACCAAGAAAGAGGGAUGCCCAGAGUUGGAAGAAAGCUUUGAGAUCAAGCCCAGUCCCAUCAUUUUUCAGUGAUGGAAAUUAAGGUUCAGAGAAAGGAAGUGAUUUGUCCAGAGUCCCAUAAGAAAUGACUAGGAGAAGUGAGACUGGAGCACAGGUCAGGAGAAAUAGAUCUCUGAAGGAAGCCCUGGAAGGAGUGAAGAUGAGUAAUAUUAUCCCUAUUUGGGGGAAACUGAGGCCCAGCAAUAUGAAGGAAUUUAUUUGAAGUCAAAUAAAGGACUUUCACAGAAUUUAGAAAUGGAAAGAAACUUAGAAACCAUAACGUCCAAUUCCUUUAUUCACAGAUAGGAGACUAGACAUGUGGAAGGACAGCGCCUUAUACUCAGGUCUUACCAUAGGUGAAGAAUUAUUCUGGGUUCUCAUGCCUCUGGGGAUGACUGGACAAUUUGGUCUCACCGUUGAGGUUUCUAUAAUUUAGAAGAAACCUUAGAGAUGGCAAGCAGUGGAGGUCAAUAAAGGUAAAGAAGAUUCCCACAGUCCCUUGCAGCCAGAGCUGGAACCCAGGACUUUGGAUUCCCAGCUAAAACAUUUCUACUCUCUCAUGGUGGGGAUUCGGAUUGCUGUGCAAUGGCUCUCCUCCAUGGCUAAGGGCAGGGGGCAGAGGGCAGGGAGGGGCUCUGGGAUCGGCAGAGGGACAGAAUAUGCCCUUUGCUUUUUCUGAACUCAGGUGGUAGAAAGGCCAGGAGUUAGGAGCUGGGGGCAGAGAGCACAGCCAGGCCUGUGGCACGCCAUCUGGGUCAGAGUUGGCUCUGUGUGAGUGAGAAUCAUGGCUCAGUCCAGGACUAGGGUCAGGGUCAGGGAAUGGCGAGUCUUGGGUCUCAAUCUCUGUGGCAAGCUCAAAUUUCCUACCAGGACUGGCCCAUCGAGAACAUACUCGGCCCCUGAGUUGGCCACUUGGCUAAGACCCACGGUCUUUCCUGAGUUGCCAUGGUCCCUGUACUUCUGCUUGGGUACAAGUGAGUUCCUGCUUUGUGGAAGAUCUGGUGAUGGAGAAAAUCCCCAUGCAGCAAGUCGUCCAAUAACAGAAAUCACAAAGCAUUCUCCGGGAGAUCUCCAAAGACAUUACAUUAUGUUGCAGUGGAAAGUGCUAAGGGGUUCAGGGCUCCAGAGGCUCCGCUCAGCUCUGAGAAAUCGAGGAGACCAAGAGGAGGCUUCCUGGAGAAGGAGACAUUAAAGGUAGUGUAAGAAAAGGAGUAAUAGAAGUUGAAAGCCCGUUUCUGGACCCUGUCAGGGCCGCUUCCCCAGGCCUUCAGAGCAGGAAGAGAUCUCUGGGACAACACAGAGAUGCUGCCUCCAUGUUUAGGCAAGAGGCCAAAAGUCAGGAAUCAAAGAAGCCCAGGAUCUCCUAGUCUGAGCUGGAAGGAACCUCAGUGCUAUUACCCAUGAACCACCAUCCCUGCACCCGUCUCUCUGAGGGAUAAUUAUUCAGCCUCUUCUCUAAGGAAAGGGGAGCUCCCUACCUCUCAAAGCAAUCUGUUUCUUUUGGGACUGCUGGUGGUUGGACCCUAAGAAUCUGUUUUCCUAGUCCUCAUAAUUCUUUGUAACAAGGCAGGAUGCUGGAAGCAACUGAAUUCAGAGCCAGAGGAACAACGUUUUGAACUGUAGGUCACCUUGGAAUUGCUUAGUUCAUUCCCUCCUCCCUCGCACCCAUCCCUCCUACCCCCCAACUUUACAAAGGAAGGUCUCAGGGUCUAGAGCAGGCGAGUGAUUGUUCAAAGUUGUAAAAAGCUGGAAAGGACCCCAGACACUCUCCGUCCAACCCUCUCAUCUUAGAGAGACGGAAAAGGGGCCUAGAGCUGGGCAAGUAAUCGGCUUAAGGUCAUACAGCUUUUAGUCUCAAGGCCAGAAUGUAAACCCAAGUUUUGAGAGAUGGCAGACUGGGGAUCUGGGGAGUGUCUGGGUCCUCUCCAGCUCUGGGUCUUGGGAAGUGAUCCCCAGGCAGAAGAUCUGGCCCCAAAGUGGCCAAGCAUGGGACUGACUGUUCCCGGGACGGUGAUGACACGCUGCUGUGGCUUCCUUCAGACCCACGCUCUCUGAGCUCGGGGCCAGAUGCCGCUCUGAUGAGCCGGGCUCCACCCUCCCGGGGCUGCUCUUCCAGAGGCUUCAUUCCAGGGCCAGGGUCAGAUGCAUGGGAGAACGGCGCAGACCCUCCCCAGGCUCCCCUCGCCCCUCGUGGUCCCCACACCGGGAACGGAACGUGAAAUCUCCGGCAUCCUGGCCGGCUUCUUCUUGGCAAGGAAGGCACUUCCGACUUCUGAGAGAAAGGGGCUUAGCAAGCUUAGGAGGGGGGCUCCAGCGGCGUGUUGGACAUCAAACAGAGCUUGCAAAACAGGAUUUUGGUGAGAUAAGUGUAAAGGAAUUAGAAACACACGGGCCAGACUUCCCUCUGACAUGCCCGCUGCCGCCUCUGGGGAAGCUGGCGUGGUGAGCGUGGCUUCGGUUCUGUAGGAAAGAAAUGUUGGCAAAAACAGCCCCUUGACAGAGCUUGGCCCUAAGAAUCCCCUGUGCCCAGGCCCUGGGUGGGGCCGUGUCCUGACUCACUUUUUCUGCUUUCCUUCCUCUUCACUUUGGAAACGACACUGAAGACAAGGUCAUCCUUCCAGGCCUCUGUCGUCCAGAUGAGGAAAGUGAAUUGGAAGGUGAACUUUUUGAGAGCCAGGACUGUCCAAUUUUUCUAUUUAUACUUCUAGUUUUUGCACAGUGCUAUGUAUACAGUAAGCACUUCACUAAUGCUUCAUUCAUUCAAAUGAGGCUACUCCAGGGUGCUGGUCCUCUGAGGGAUCUUUUUGUCAGUCAACAGGUAUUGUUGUGUCUCCUGGGUUUUGUGUCCUGUGCUCAGUAUUUAGAAUACAAACACACGAUAAACUCCUUGUCCACAGUGGGCUAACUCUCUAAAGUCCCUCUAGCCUUUCUGAGCUGAGAGGGAUCUCAGAAGCUGUCCAGUCCCAUUUAUUCCCCAAUGAGAAUUCUCUCUGCAGCUCUCUGCCAAGUGGUCCCGCAGCCCCUGUUUGAAGACUUGAAGCGACAGGGAACUCACUACUUGUCAAGACGGCCCACUACAGUUGAAUGGCUCUAAUGGUGAGGAAGAUUUUCGUUAGAGCCAAUCUAAAUGUUUCCCUUUGUGGCUUCCCCGACUCCUUCUUGUUUUGCCCUUCGGCUCAUGUUGAACGAGACUAAUCCCCACAAGACCCUUUAGUAUUCGAGGCUGAGGCUGUUGUCUUGUUUUCUAGUACCUUGAUCUCCCCAGUUCCGUGAAUUGAUGCUUGUACAGCUUGGUCCUCGAUCCUCUUACCACCUGGGCUGCCUGUUUCCGUACAGCCCCUUGACUUGGCCAACCUGAGUCCACUACAUCCCCUCUCCUCCGCGACAUGUUCCAGUUGGGAACCUGGCCUCCUUUCUGGCCGCCAUGGGGCAAGGUCACCUUUUCCUGAAGCGUCCAGUGCCUCAGUGUGCCGGGCUUUGUCCAAAGCCCCAGUCACUGGAGGAAGCCUUUGGGAUGCUCUCAUCCAUGUGGAGCUGUUCUCUGCCCGUGGCAAUCAACACUUUGGGAACAUCUUCAAUGAAGCUCUUUUAGGUCCCUGGCCAAUCCGUGGCCAAGAGAACUGGCUUUGAGACAAGAGCUUGAGAAUAAAUGGCAAGUUCUUGCAAUCACAAACACAUGUCCACACGAAAUGUGAUGUCAACAUGUGUGAUGGCUCCAUGUGCAGAUGUGACUCGUGACUCAGGUCCCUGUCCCAUCCUCCUCUCACCGCCUCGAUUAUUCUAGAACUGAUCGAAUCAAACUGACAGCCCAUCCCUGGACACUGGACAUAAUGAAUGGAUGGAGCCAGAACCUAGUUUUUUCCAAGACGAAUGCCCGCCGGAGGCACCUCCUCCAGGCCUCCAUCUUUGGAAUUUCUGGUUGUCACAGAGCUAUGGGAUUUAGAGUUGGCAGCAGGGCUAGAACAUAGGCCGUGGAGCAUCAGAGCUAGGAAGGAUCAGAGGGACAGAGAAAGUCAGAGCUGGGAGACAUUUAGCAUAUGGAAUAUGAAAUGUUCCAAGAGACUUUAGGGCUGAUGUCAUCUCAGUUACAAAUGGGGAAGAUGAGGCUCCAGUUGCUGACAGAAGUAGCUUUUUGGAUAGUCUGGAGUCAGCGGUGUUGACGUGGGGUAAAUGAACAUUCCGAACAUUAAGCAAGGAGAUCUGGGUCUUACUCCUAACUGUCUCCCACUUGCCAUGAGUUUAUUGGGUAAAACCUGGUCCUUCUCUGGAUCUUAAUGCCAGAUUUUGCAAAGGAGGAAGUCAUCCCAAAGUCCUCUCUUGUGCUAAAUCUGAGGAUGCGACUUCAUCUCUCUGGGUCUCAGUUCCUUUGCUUGUUAAAGAGGAAUAACAACCCGCUCCUCCCAGGCUUCCCAAAGCACUAAAUAAGGACUGACAUGGAGAAAAGGUACAGUCAGUAUUUUAAACCAAAGCUGGGAGGGGCUCUGCCUUUUUUUAGUUGAUAGAAGAUUGUGGUGUAGGGGGCGAGAGAAAGAGUAAGAGCUUCCAAACGUACUUCCCUCGGCCCCAAAGCCAAAUCAGUCACGAGCCUUCCUAGAAAACACUGGCUGAGUUCUAUUCAGUACAGAUACUAGCAUUUUCGGCAGGCUGGGUGGUCACCCAUUCUAAGGAGAGGCCACAGGUAUCUCUCUGGCCUUCUGAGCCUCCAGGAGGAGGCUGACUCGAGAGCUUCCCCAGAAAUGUGCCUGACCUUUGUCCUCUUUCACUGGGAUGCCGGGACCUCUGCUGACCCUCCCAGGCUAUGGGCAUCCCUUAGAAAGAGCACCUCUGGACUGUUUGUUGGGUUUGAAAUGUUUCCAAAGCAAAUGGGUGGGUUUUCACCCCCUGACACACACACACUCCUCUUUUGAAGUUUUGUGAAGAAUUUCCUAAAGAAUGUAAUGAAAAGAAGAGAAAAAAUGUUAUUAAUGUUAUUUUGUCAAGAUAUUUUUGUAGCAUAAUAUAUUAAUAAUAAAAAAUAUUCUAAGUUCUC